AUGCAGGCAUUUAAGGCCUGCGCUCCUCGGGCGCUGCGAUCUGCGACUAGCACUACGUCAAGAAGCUAUGCCACCGUCUCGUCGGGUUCGCCCUAUACUCAGACGCGGAAUAACCUGAGAAUCCACGCCGACACGAAAGUCCUCUUUCAGGGUUUCACGGGCAAGCAGGGUACAUUUCAUGCUCAACAGGCAAUUGAGUACGGCACCAAGGUUGUGGGUGGAACGAACCCGAAAAGCGAGCCUCCCCAGGCCGGUACCCAGCAUCUUGGUCUGCCCGUUUUCAAGAAUGUUACCGAGGGUGUAAAAGAGACAGGAGCUACUGCAAGUGUCAUAUUCGUACCGCCUCCGGUAGCAGCAGCUGGUAUCAUGGAAGCUAUUGAAGCUGAAAUACCGCUGGUGGUGUGCAUUACUGAAGGAAUCCCCCAACAUGAUAUGCUUAAGGUCACCGACGCGCUAAAAACCCAAAGCAAGACACGUUUGGUUGGUCCCAACUGCCCUGGAAUCAUCGCGCCCGGCCAAUGCAAGAUCGGCAUCAUGCCAGGAUUCAUCCACAAACGAGGAAGAGUUGGGAUCGUAUCAAGAUCGGGAACACUGACAUACGAGGCGGUCAAUCAAACAACCCAAGCAGGUCUCGGACAAUCUUUGGUCGUGGGUAUCGGAGGUGAUCCAUUCAGCGGCACCAACUUUAUUGACUGCCUGAGUGUUUUCAUGGAAGACGACGAGACAGAGGGUAUCAUCAUGAUUGGUGAGAUUGGAGGGAGCGCCGAGGAGGACGCGGCAGAGUUCCUAAAGAGCGAGAACAAGAAGAACAAGCCCGCAGUCAGCUUCAUUGCCGGUAUCACUGCCCCUCCAGGGCGCCGAAUGGGACAUGCUGGUGCUAUCGUCAGCGGAGGAAAAGGUGGUGCCGAAUCAAAGAUCUCGGCAUUGGAAGCUGCUGGAGUGAUCGUGGAGAGGAGUCCAGCCAUGUUGGGCAAAUCGUUGCAUGCACAGUUCGUUAACCGGGAUCUGGUCUGA